AUGAUUCAACAUGCAAAACCCGAAACCUACCCGCCUUCAGUUACAGAGGACACUGGGGCGUGGCCAGGGGAGCCAGGCAGCUCCAAGGUCUUGCGUAAGCCCCAGAGGCAGGUGCUCUUCCCCCUCCGCAUUCACUCACCCCAGCCGGGCUCGGCGCUCCCGGGCUCGGGCUCGGCGCUCCCGGGCUCGGGGCUCGCGCUCCGGCAGAGCUGCACCCGCCGCUCCCGGGCCCUCCCCCUCCGUCCCUCCGCGCUCCCUCCCCCACCACCAACCUGUUACUCCCCUCCGGAGCUCCACCCCCAUUGGCCGUCACCACCCGCCCCGCCUUACCCUUCCUCUGGUUGGUCCGUUUCCCUCGAGGGGCGGGGCCAUUCGCCGCAGAGAAUUGGACCGGGGGUCGCCGGCCGGGGUGGCGGGGCUGGGUCACGUGGGCCGGCGGGCGGUGGAGCGCUGCGGGCGGGGCGGCAAGGGGCAACCGGAGGCCAUUUUGGGGGCGUAAUGGUUGGCGGUGUGUGGCCGCCCCCGCCCGGGCCCAGGAGAUGCCCGCUAGGGCAUCUUCUCGCCCUUGCUGGAAAGCAGCCCUCUGUCUCCGCGGUUCUCGACGGGAAUCUCUGUCUAGACCGCUUUCUGCCCUUCACCUCUCUACACAUAAAUCAGAUUGCUCUGAUGUCCUUUUGUAGAGGGUAUCUCCCUGGUCCUCAAAACGCCAGAGCUCCGCGACUUCAGUUCGUGUCGCUUCUCCCCAGCCAGAGCCGCAGCCCCUAUCUUCUGGCCUCCACAAAUCAUUUUCCAGCCUGGGAGGAGAGACUUGGUUAUAUUUUGAGAAUAAGCCAAAAGGGUGAGCAAGAUUCAAGAAAUAAGGGAGAGUGUGUGAGCAAGCAAUCAAAGCCUGGACCUAGAGGAAAAGGUAAAGUCUGUGUUCUGGAACUUAAAUUGGAAGACCAGAUAAGGAGUGAGGAGUUGAAGUUGAGUCAGAUCACUCUAGUUCACCACAUUGUACAACCUGCCAAAAAGAAGGGUGAUUCUGAGGGCUGGAGACUUUGUAAACCAGUUUUGGAACUAUUGGAAUUAUCUACAAACCUACAGAAGAAUACAGCAGUGGCUCCUCGUCAGGUGGCAGUCUUGGCGGGUCAAGAGGAUCCAGUGCAGCGGGAGAGUCACCAGGACUGGGCGAACCAGGAAUACACUGAAGUCAUCACCAGCAGCAUCGAGAAAAUCGCGGACUUUCUCAACUCAUUUGAUAUGUCUUGUCAUUCAAGACUUGCAACACUAAACGAGAAAUUGACAGCCCUCGAACGGAGAAUAGAGUACAUUGAAGCACGGCUGACAAAAGGUGAGACCCUUACCUAGAACUACACCACGCUGCUGCUGGGAAGUUGCUUUACGGAAUACAGGCCAAGGCGGGAAAGUCCCCAGCAGCCUCAGCUCCUCCCUCUCUCCUUAAAGAGCAACAGGGCUUAUUCUUGUUUUUCUUUUUUCAAAAGCGUGGCCUUUGGGCUCUGCCACGUACGUCGGUGUGUGAUGUGGCAUGUGGGAAGACGUCCAGGGGAGCUCUUGGAACCAACAUUAGGCAUUUUAUCUUUUAAGUAACAUUUUGUAGAACUGUUUGUCAGUGUAUUUGAGGUGCUCCGAGCCAAACGCUAGGACUCUUUGUCAAGGUCCUCCCCACCUCUCUUUCUCUCUCUCUGACUUUCCUUACAGCUCUCAUUGCCUCUGCAUUGAUUCUAUAAACAGUCUUUGUCUCCUUUCCACCUUUGGUGGGGGGUGGAAAGCAGUCCUGGCUGAGACACUUACGCCCUGGCAAGGUGGCCACCAGAGAAUGUUGUUCCUAACCCACCAGUUUCUUGUCCUUUUGGGGAGGUCAAGGCCAGGCCCCCACUUGGCUUGAAGGGACAUUUUCAGAUUUUUCUUUUUGUCACUUGGGGUGUCUUUGCCUCUCAUAUUUCCCUAAUAAACUCCUCAACUUAAAAAAAAAGAAA